AUGAAUAGUAACUCGUCGGGUUCAUCCGGAUUACCACUGAAUCUCUCGUCUCAUCUCAGAGACAGCUCAGACGCACUUUCACGUCCCACUUGGCUCUUCAAUAGUCAGGUUGACUUCAUAUUAGACGCUUUUGGCUUAUUCGCGGAUGAGCUUCUUCUAAGUGCCGCUGAAUGCGCAAGACAAGCUAAUAGUUACUGGCAAACGCUAGGAGAGAAUGGUCAACAACGCACGAAGAGAUUUGAUAGCAUGGUGCAAGCCAGAUUUACUUGGAAUGGAAAUAUUCGUUCAGCACUUAAAGAGCAUUGGGAGACCUGCGCGCUUAUUCGUUCAAACCGGAAAAGAACGAACUCGUUCCCCCGUCGUUGCAGUGGCUACCGAUCCGGUCCAGGCGUUGGGAAUACAUUAGAAUUCGAUGGUGACCCACUCGGGGAGAUAUCCGCCUACGAAACCGGUGGCAAUCCUGGAGGAAAGAUAGUUCGAGAAAUUCUGGAAAUGGGACAGUCAUCCAAGCGCAUUUUCUCGCAGAAACUGCUUGUUCUGUGGAAAUCCUGA